UCAAUAAAACUUAAACUAGCUAAUACAUAAUGUGGUCGUUGUACGAGAAUAAUUUCCCUAAGUGAUUCAUAUUUAAUAGUUGUUAAGUAUUGUCUACAUAAUAAAUAAAACAUGCUGUGGUACGUGGCUUUCAAUUCCCUCGCAAAAACCCCCCGUCUUACAAUAAUCGCAUUUGUGUAUUCUGUCGGUUUGCGAAAUAAUAUAGAGCAAAUACACUCAAAAUGUUUAAGAUAAAUAAAUAAUAAAAACCAGCUGGCUUGAGAAAAUUGCUAUUGGAGCUAAUUAAAUUAGUUUGAAAUCGUAAUUGCUGCCAGCAUCUCAUAAAAAUAAUACAUCCCUUUAAUAAAAAAGAUCGACAAAAUAUUUCACAAAUAAACAAAAAAAAUGUUAAACAAAUUAAAAAUUUUAUUAAUAUUAAUAAUACUGAAUGUGUUGUUAACUCAUAAAGAUGUUUUAGCGGCCAAAAGUGAAAAUAUUAACACUCAUGAUGCCAUUUGGGGAGCACGUAGUCAACGAGAUGUGCAUAUGAUUAGGCAAAUUGUUAUGGACAAGGCCAAAACUAUGCGUGUUAUAAGUGGAGAUUAUGAGUUUAGACCAAAGCCUGGUGAUUUGCAUUAUGGUCGAACAAUAACACAAAUUCAAGUAACCGAUCAAUAUAAAAAUGGCAAUGGUGGUUAUGCCACCUUAAAGGAUGGUGGGCCCAGUACCAAUUAUGCUGUCAUUCAUUUAAAAUCUCAACGUAAUCAUGGCUAUAAUUUCAUUAUUGACAUUUAUGGUCAAUAACUGUAUUUGUUUUUAGUUAAUUAAUGCAAAGAUAAAUUAUAUGAAAUACGCCGAAAAACUAUUUACUGUUAUUAUUAUAAAUGGAGUUUAUUUUGUAGACUUUUAAUUAAAAUUGUAAAAUAAAUG